UUUCUUCUCCCACUGGACUCUUCAUAGUUGUAUGUUUCUACUUGGAGUAAACAGCGAUUGCAUGUGGUUGUUGCGGACGAUGGCAGAAGUGUCGCCUUCAGGGUUGAGGCUGCCGACGAUGUCAAAGUUACAAUCGUGGUGGACAAUCCCACUAAAGUUCAUGAAUUCACUCACAUAGUAUACCUACACUGGAACUAUUCCUGUCCUGAUGGUGCCCCAUUAAAGAAGUUGAUUACUUUUAAGCCACAAUGGUGCCGACACAUACAUUGGGUAUACAGCCGACAGAGUGAUCAGAGUCUCACCUAGUUUUCCUUCACGGGAUCGUUUUUUGAUCGAGCGGCCAGCCACUUUGAUAAUCCGCAAUGUAAAUGUUGUCGAUGCAGGGACGUAUACUUAAGGAGUUGAGCUGGAGUCAGUGAAAAGAACCCAAAGCUUAAUCGACCUGACUGUUCUUGUGCCUGUCAAGUUUGUUAGUGCACCAAGUGACCAGACUAUCAAUGAAACAGACACAGUAACAUUUGUCUGUAAUGUUAGUGGUAUUCCAGCCCCUGUCAUCAAGUGGCAGUAGGAUGGAGGUACUGUUGGUACAGGAGACAUGCUUAGCUUUCCAGUCUACAGGAAUCAAUCAGGAUACUACUGGUGCUCAGCUGUUAAUGGCUUGAGUGUCACUGUCAAUGCCAGUGCUUACCUUGAUGUGCAAUACAAGCCAAAUGGGAUGAGUUUUACAUGCUGCCCAACCAACACUACUGUACUAUGUGGUAGGAACAUGGUGUUAAGCUGCAAAACAGAUGCCAACCCUGCACCACAUGUGUAUCACUGUUAUUUUAAUGGUACCUUUAUUGGUAUGGACAACUUGAGUAAGUAUACUGUCAUAGUUCAAGCAGAUGGAGUGUUCACUUGUGUACCUUUGAAUGCAGUUGGUACUGGUGACAAUACCACCAUUGCUGUCAUAGCAGUCGAUGCACCUUUAGUAGAUGUUUUCCCAGCCACUACCUAUGUCAAAGAAGGAAACAGCAUCACAUUGUCAUGCAAUACAUCUGGAAAAGCAGCACCUGUUAUAGCAUGGACCAAAGUUGGCUCAUUACAAGUUCUUUCUCACACUUCUUUGUUGUCAGUUGUCAAUGUGACCAGACCUGGGAGAGCAGACAACAUGAUCCAGUAUCGAUGUACAGCCAGUAAUGGAGUGGAGACACCAUCCACAGCCACAGUCAACAUCACUGUCCAUUAUUUACCAAAGGCUGUAGCUCUGCUAACAACUCCAGUCAAUACUACGGUGCUAUGUGAUAGUGCAGUGAUGCUGAAGUGUGGUGUGGAUGCCAACCCUGAUGCUUAUAUUUAUAACUUCUACUUUAAUGGCAACUUUAUUGGUAACUGAGCAGCUUUGGUGUGUUUAGCAUCAGUGUGACGGAAGAUGGAGAGUACACGUGUGUUCCUGAAAACACAGUAGGCAAAGGAAGCAAGGCUAAUGUCAGCAUCACUGCCACAGGACACAAGAAAGUCAGGAAACAGAAUUAAUUGCAACAUCAAAGUGGCUCCAUCAGUGCAUGUAUCAGUCUUGGUAGUGGUUAUAGAUUUCAUUGGUAAACCUGAACUCAGCAUAUCAUGGACAAGAAUUGGUAGUUUGGAUGUUCUCUCUAUUUUACCAGAUGUCAUUAACUAUUAAGAAUGUGACCAGACCUGGGAGAGCAGACAACAUGAUCCAGUAUCAAUGUACAGUCAAUAAUGGAGUGGGAACACCAGCUACAGCUACAGUUAAUGUCACUGUUCACUAUGCUCCAACAUCAAGCAUGAUUACAACUGUUCUCACAAACACAACAGUGUACAGUGUGCAGUGAUGCUGAAGUGUGGUGUAGAUGCCAAUCCUGCUGCCCAUACAUAUAACUUCUACUUUAGUGGCAAACUUAUUGGUAACAGCAGCCCUGGUGUGUUUAACAUCACUGUGAAAGAAGAUUGAGAGUACACUUGCAUUCCUAUCAACAGCGUAGGUGCAGGAAGCAAUGCUACUGUCUGUAUCAUGU